AUGAGUAAGAAUUAAGGUGCAAUUUAGUUAGAAACUUCAGAAAAGAUACAAAGCAAAAAUGAGCACAAACAGUUAAAGAGUUUUUUAAGUGGUGGUAUAGCAGGCGCUUGUGGAAAAACUGUAAUUGCUCCUUUUGAAAGAGUCAAACUCCUCUUUGUGACAAGAGAUAGGACCCUAACAUACAGAGAGUUUUAUAACGAAGGAAAAUUCAUCAUAUAAAAACACGGAUUUAGAAAUCUUUGGAGAGGCAAUAGUGCAAAUCUAUUAAGAAUAUUCCCCUUUGCAUCAAUUAAUUUCUCGACCUUCGACUAUUUGAGAAAGAAUGUGUACUAUCCCUAUCCAAGCGAAAAUAAAAUAAAAAAGUAACUUCUUCUCUUUUGUAUUGGUGCAGUUUCGGGUAUUGUCUCUUAAUCAAUAUGCUAUCCGUUCGAGUUUAUUAGAACCAGAUUGGCUAUGCAGAGAGACAAUUUCCAUUACAAAAAUUUUGUGCAUGCAGUAAAAGUUGUAUAUAAUUAAGAAGGCAUCAAAGGAUUUUACAGUGGACUAGGUCUUGCGAUAGUUGGUGUUAUAUUUUAUCACGGUUCUGGAUUCUUUAUGAUGACAAAUUUGAAAAACUAUGCUAAAGAAAAUCAUAUUUAAAGGGCUAAUAAAUGGUACAUGGACUUUAUAUUUGGGGCUAUUGGUGCAACUAUAUCAUAAAUGAUUGCUUAUCCAUUUGAUGUUAUGAGAAAAAGGAGACAAGCACAAUCACUCUUGAUUUCUACUGGAGAAUAAACACACAAAAUGACAUAUAGAUAACUUGUUACACAUUAUAUUAAAAAAGAAGGAUAUAUUCCUACAUUUUAUAAAGGUAUUACUAUAAAUCUAGUUAAGGCUCCUCUUUCAAGUGGAACUGCGUGGAUGGUAAAAAAUUAGUUAAAUCGCUUUUUAGAUAAGUCUUACGAUCUUUGA